UAUUUUGCAAAAUUCACAGUCAAUUUCAACGGAGCAGCCACACGAGUCUGCCCUUAAUCCCUCUCGUCGAAGCAUCCCGUUUAUCCGGUACUUUGGAAAUCAGUUAGCAAAGGGUCAUGGCCAAGCAUCAUCCUGACCUGAUCAUGUGCAGGAAGCAACCAGGAAUUGCCAUCGGACGGCUCUGCGAGAAAGACGAUGGCAAGUGCGUCAUCUGUGACUCGUAUGUUCGCCCAUGUACGCUGGUACGAGUAUGUGAUGAAUGCAACUAUGGUUCAUUCCAGGGCAGGUGUGUCAUCUGUGGUGGUGUUGGAAUAUCGGAUGCUUAUUACUGUAAGGAAUGCACACAAAUGGAGAAAGACCGCGAUGGAUGCCCCAAGAUUGUCAACCUGGGCAGUGCCAAGACUGACCUCUUCUAUGAGCGAAAAAAAUACGGUUUCAAGAAACGAUGACACUGGAAUUGAAUAUGAAAUUUGUUGAUGCUCGAUGGUCAUAUUCCGGAUGUAUGAACUUUUAAGUUUUUACUGCAUUCCUAGUAUUUUUCUUCUUGUUGUGAGAACUGAAUUAAUGUUGCUCUAUGAUCAAAAGUUUUCAGUUAAAGCUGUGCUCUUGGCCUGCAGUAAUGUACGCAGACAUCAAAACUUAAGUUUUAUAAGAUAAUUGCUUGAAGUUACUGAUUAA